UUUCAGUUACCGAAUUGAGAAUGAAGUUAACAACGUGAUAAAUUCUGUUAUUUCAAAGUCUCUAGACAUACGAUCAACCGUGGAAGUACACCGGCGAGCUAUGGAGUUGGUAUCUUCAUGCUAGUUACGUCAGUAACAAUAGCAUAUAUUUAAUUAUAAUUUAACCAUAUGUUUUAUGUAUAUAUUGCGUCUAUUGAUGAUCAACGCACUGGAAUAUUAUUAAUUUGUGACCGAAGGCUGGUUAAAAACCUGACGCAGGAACUGGCGGUCUCGUAUUUAUUAGCUAUCAUAAUUGUUGUCGCCUCGUUCGCUAUCAAUUUAUACCGUCUCCUUCUAGCAAGCAAUAAUUUGAGAGACGUUGAAAAUCUUAUAUUCACUGUGGGACUGACUCUCCUACAGUUUAUAAUCCUGUUCUUAAAUAAUUAUAUCGGGCAGGGAUUGAAGGACAGUAGUAUUCAGGUGUAUUACGACACAUGCAAUUCGUUGUGGUACUGUAUACCACCAAAGUCGCAGAAAUUAUUGUUAUUCUUACUGCUGAGAAGUAAGGAUGAAACACAGUAUGAUUUGGCUGGUUUAUUCACUCCGUGUUACGAAGGUUUCUCGAUGAUGAUGAGCUCAUCUUUUUCAUACUUCACUUUUCUAUAUUCAACCCAGUAAAAUAUUUCAAAGUGACGGUCACGCCAGUAGU